CGUCAACCUUGCAAAAUCUCACCUCACCCACCCACUCAACCGGCAGAUACACCACAUCUCUCAGACAUUCAUCAAGAUAUUUGAACAACCAAACUUCCCAGUCUGCAGCUCCCCCGAUCUUCACGAUGACCCCGUGCCUCACAUCUGCCCCCUUCCUCCAACAACCACCACUCUCACCACCACUCUCACCACCACCCUCACCACCACCACCGCCAUCAUGACCGCCUCAACGACGACCACAGCAAGAACCUACGCCCUCGACCGCCCCAUCCUCGAGCACGGCGGCCCCGCCCACGUCCGGCAAGCCCUCCUCCCCGGCACUACCACCGCCCCUCGGGAACCCGCCAACUACGCCUUCUCCGCCCCCGACGGCACGCGCCUCGUCUACCACGUCUGCGGCCACGGCCCCGAGCUCGUCCUCGGCACCUCCCCCGGCUGGGGCCCCGGCAUCAACUACCUCGUCUCCGCGCUGCGGCCCCUCGCCGCCAGCGGGCGCGCCACCCUCGUCGUCCUGCAGACGCGCGGCACCGCGCCCUCGGGGCGUCCCGCCGACGAGUCGCGCAUGGGAUCGCGGCACAUGGCCGCCGACCUCGACGCCCUGCGGCGACACCUGCUCCUCGGCAACCACGACGGUAAUGAAGAUGAUGAAGGACAAGAAGGAAGUCAAGGUACAGGCGACAGGCCCGUCACCGUCAUCGGGCACUCCAACGGCGGGGCCAUCGCCCUCGCCUACGCCGCCGACUUCCCCUCGCACUGCGCCCGCGCCGUCCUCCUCGGCGCGCAGGUCAUCGGCGCCGCCGACCAGGGCCCCAUCUUCAUGCGCGCCCUCGCCGCCCGCGAGUCCGACCCGCGCUUCGCCCCCGCCGUCGCGCGCUUCCGCAGCAUCCUCGGCGCCGAGGCGGGCUUCGACUCCGACGCGGACCUGACGAGCUUCAUCGAGGCCGUCCUGCCGCUCUACUUUUACGGGCCCGAGCGCGGCGGCGUCGCGCAGUUCGCCGCCGACGCCGGCGACCCGCUCGUCGUGCAGAACUGGCCCAACGCCAAGCAGAGGGCCGCCGACGCGCAGCCCGAGGCCAACGUCAUCGGCGAUUUGAGUAGAGUCACGGCCGACGUGCUGCUCGUGUCGGGCCGCGACGACUUCAUCUGCAGCGUGGAGGCGAGCGCGCAGGCGAGGGAGGCCAUCGGGCCCAGGGCGAGGCACGUCGUGUACGAAGAGUGCGGGCACAUGGCCUGGAUCGAGAAGAGGGACGAGUUUUUCAAGGACCUGCUGGCCUUUUUGCCCUGAAC